AUGGAGGAUGCAGACCAAAAGUCCAUGGAUCUUGCUGAAAUUUUCCAACAGAGUUUACAAUUUUUCAAAAUCAUGGAAGGUUCAGCAAAUGUGCCCAACUUUGGUAAUGAUCUAAAUUAUAUUUAAUUUUCACAUGAGGUAAUGCAAUACACAGAAUUACAAAAUCAUUAUUAUUGUGAAAUACUGCAUAAACCUUUAUGUUGAACCUAUUGGUCACUCACAUAUCUGUUGAGAGUUUAGAUUGUCAUGCUUUGUUUACUUUAUUGCUGCUUUUUGGCUUCACGUGGUCUUCAAAUAAAUUACAAGCUUACUUUGCAACAUAAUGUGAAAUUAAAUAUGAAAUCUUACAUUGUCCACAGAAAAAAAAUACAUUUGUCAUGACUUCAUUUUUGGACACUGCUCUCAAGGAGGUACAGUAACUGCUUGCUUAACAGUAUAGCUUCCUUUCUCACGUCCUUACUGGUUAGUGAUCUCAAGUCCUAUGUCUUUCAAACACAAGUGAUGGCCCUCUUGACAACUUCUUAGCAUGUUGCGCAACCAAAAAGUUAGGCAUUCAAUGGUGUGGCUGGAGGCAUUUCAAGCUGAGGAGUGAGGUAAUCAAUCCAACUCAGUUACAAUAGCACUGUUGUAUUAUCAGUGGAAAAGUACCAUUCACACUGUAAAUUAUUCUUUACAGUAUUUUGAAUAACACAUUACUGUUCUAAUUUCCCAGACUUAAUCAGCAAGGUCUAUUGAACUGAUAUUGAUUUAUAUUUAAGCUAAGUGCAUGGGCGUCCAUUCUACUAUGCCAUACCAAUGGGAGGUGGAGAAUAGAUGUGGCUGGUCACGUAUCCCAGAUAAUGAGGGUGUUGAAAGGGACUACUGUGACCCAGCAAAGACCCAGAGGUAUGUAUGUCCACAACGUGUAGUUAGGAUGCAGUGAGACAAUGGGGAUGUGUAAAAAUGAAAUAAAAGCAUUGAAGACGUUCCUAUGUCCUGCAGUUGCAGGAUACCACCGGUUAACUUUAUCACCAUGACCUGUGGGCACCUCAAAGUUCGCCGCCUUGCUACGGUUUCCUCCCUGGACCAGCCAGAUGCUGUCCUUGCUACCAAGUGGACCUGGUACUGGGAGGCACACCAUGAUGGCUGGACUCCAUAUUUGUCAUCUGUAUGUAGUGAGGAUACCUAAUUUCUCCCUCUAAUAUGGCACAAAGAAAAGGUGUCUCUAGUGUUGGUGUGUGUGUGUGUGUGUGUGUGUGUGUGUGUGUGUGUGUGUGUGUGUGUUUGUGUGUGUGUGUCUCCUAAGAUUGUGGAGGACCUAGAGAGGGUGUACAAGGAUCCCUCCCAUGGCUCAGUGAUUGUGUUUACCUCUGGAAGAUUCACCUAUGAAGUACAUUUGGAAGGUAGGCAGAUAUCAGAUGUGAUUCAGUAUGGUGUAGAUACAGCACAGUUAAAAUACUGUUGAUAAAAACAGGUUUUCAGAACACUACAGAUUGAACAAUGAAACAUGUUGUCCCAUCUGAAACUCCCAGGAUAGUCAGACGUCAUUGUUGAUAGAGAGUACCUUGUAUGUUGUGUCUAUAGGUUACUCAUCCAUUUUUGUAUACCCGUUUUAUUCACUGAACUGAGAGAUAUAUAUUUUUAGUCUUGAUCCAGAUAAAUACAAGCUCACACACCCAAAGACUGGUAAGAAGAAGGCCGAUCUUCAAAUCAUCCAGAGAUGUUCAGAGAGUUACUGGGUAAGAGUGAAAUACAGCAAACUCAAUAAUGAUUGGUUUUCUAGGGGAAGGAUACAAGAUGAUGUCAUUUGAUUUUGGUUCAUUGAGUGUGAUAUUGGAUCUCUAGAUUUGUAUUAUCUUUGUGGUAUGAUGAGGACAAUAUGGUCAUUGAUGACACUGUAUCCCUUCACUUCUUCCUUAAGCAUAUCUAAUACCAAAACUUCAUCUGUGCCACCUUUCUGGGACCAGUCUCGGUUGCCUGGGAUUGGCUUUGAGGUAAUACAAAACACUGAACAUUGUGUCAAUACUCACUGACUGUGAGUCUGACCUUACAUUGAAAGAGCAUUGAAUAUGAAUGACCUUAUGAGGAGUUUGUCUUACUGUAAAUCUGUCUUCACAGAGAGUUAUGUUGCCAAACUCAGCAAAGGAAUACAAAGACAUCAAAGCCCGUUUUGAGAAAACAACAGUGGGGUUUCACAUACUCACCAUCGAGAGAGUGCAAAACCCUAUCCUAUGGAAGUUCUAUGUGCUGUAGGUUUCUUAAAGACAGUUCUAUCAAAAACAAAUGUAUUUCGUUUUUUCUUUAGUUGGGUUUUAAUUGACCCAAGUAUAUUCCUUUUUAGGCAAAGAGAUCAGAUGGAAUCCUCAGGGACAAGCAUCAAUGAGAAGCAGCUUUUCCAUGGAACUGACUCCAAACAUGUUGACAGCAUUUGCAGAAACAACUUUGACUGGAGGCUAUGUGGAACAAAUGGUACUUCAUUUGGAAAAGGUUGGAUGCCAGUAUAAUAGUAUACUUUGUGUAUGCAAUGUUUCAAUGAAUCCAAAUGAAUAACAGUUGUUAUUCACAGGCAUAAAGGCUGUUAUGCCUGUGAAUAUCAUAGACUAUUAGGGUAUGCCCAAUGGAUAAACAUUAUAAUUUCAAAGGUUCAAAUGGCCAGUUACAUAUUCUUAGAUAGAAAAAUGUCCCAACUGGUUUAUUAACGCUUGUAAUAUCCUUCCCUUACUGUCAGUAAGAACAAAGGCAAUUUAUAGCUAAGAUUUAAUAAAUGAAAGCAUCUAAACAUUGGGCUUAACAUAGUCAAUACAUCUUAUUUUCAGGAAGUUACUUUGCCAGGGAUGCUAAGCGCUCACACAGCUACACCAGCCACUCAGGAGUGAGGUCCAUGUUUGUUUGUCAAGUGCUGGUGGGAGACUACACUGUGGGAAACUCCAGCUAUGUGAAACCACCUCCUAAAGAAACAGGAGGAUCCAUCUUCUAUGACAGCUGUGUGGACAACAUCCAAGACCCCAAAGUAUUUGUAGUUUUUGAAAAGCAUCAAGUUUACCCCGAAUACCUCAUACAGUACAGUGAUACUGCUUCUCCACCAAACAGAACACCCCAGACAAAUCCCGUUGUCCAACCAAACAGUACUCCCCAGCCUAAUCCCGUUGUCCAACCAAACAGAACACCCCAGCCAAAUCCCGUUGUCCAACCAAACAGUACUCCCCAGCCUAAUCCCGUUGUCCAACCAAACAGUACUCCCCAGCAAAAUCCUAAUGCCUCAGAUUCAGAAGACCCUGAA